AUGACCUUCGCCGUCGUCGCCCUUCCGCUGCUACUCCAGCCAUCCCUCGCCUUGGCAUACUGCAACGCGGUGCGCCGCCUCGAAGACAAAUUCGACGGUCUCGAGCUCAAUCAUGUCCCGCGCAAGUACAACGAGGAUGCCGACGAACUGGCCAAGAUAGCCUCGGGGCGGACCACUGUCCCCCCGAAUAUCUUCGCCCGCGACAUCGCCAAGCCCUCCGCCGAAUUCAAGGACCCGCCGGAGCCGGGCCCCUCGUCCACCGGGUCCCCCGGCGGGAACCCCCCGGCGGACGGGGUCGAGCCCAUGGACAUUGACUUUGGGACCACCUCCGCGGACGAGGCCGAAGCAAUGGAAGUCGACGAGGCCCCCACCUCACGAGACUGGCGCGUCCAGUACCUUGACUGGAUGAUUCGAGGGAUCUUACCCUCGAACCGUGCUCAGGCACGGCGCCUCGCCAGGAGGGCCAAGUCCUUCGCUCUAAUCGACAAUGAGCUACACAAGCGCAGUCCCUCGGGCGUCUUGCAGCGAUGCAUCCCCCUCCCCGAGGGCAAGGAGCUGAUCCGCGACAUCCACGCUGGCAUCUGCGGCCAUCACGCCGCACCACGUACCCUCGUGGGCAACUCGUUUCGGCAAGGAUUUUACUGGCCCACCGCGGUCGCCGACGCCACCGACGUCGUGCGGACCUGCGAGGGUUGCCAGUUCUAUGCUCGAAAAACACAUCUUCCGGCCCAUGCUCUGCAGACCAUCCCCAUCACGUGGCCGUUCGCCAUGUGGGGGCUGGACCUCUUCACAGGCAAGAAGUUCUUGGCGUUCUGUGACAGCUUCCACAUACGUGUGGACUGGUCGGCUGUGGCACACCCACAGACGAACGGGCAAGUGGAGCGUGCCAACGGCAUGAUCCUCCAAGGACUAAAGCCAAGAAUCUUCAACAAGCUGAACAAGUUCGGCCGGAGGUGGCUCACGGAGCUACCCUCGGUCAUCUGGAGCCUGAGGACGACCCCGAGCAGAGCCACGGGCUUUUCUCCGUUCUUCUUGGUCUAUGGUGCCGAGGCUAUCCUCCCCACUGACUUGGAGUACGGAUCGCCGAGGCUCAAGGCAUAUCAAGAGCAACGAAACCAGCGAGCUCGCGAAGACUCGCUGGACCAAGUGGACGAGGCUCGAGACAUGGCGCUCCUCCACUCUGCGCGCUACCAGCAGUCCUUGCGAAGGUAUCAAGCGCAGAGGGUCCGGCGCCGAGACCUCAACGAAGGGGACUUGGUGCUAAGGCUUCGACAA